AUCAGUUGUGCAGCUGUAUUUUUUUGUACACACUCAAUAAUGACACACAAACACACACACACAAAAAAAACUAUUUAUACAAAGGAUUAGUGCUAUGACAGUUGCAACGUUGAAUAAAGUCACAAUUUAAAACAAGUAAUGUGUUGCAACUCCUAGUGGAUGUCUAAAAAUGAAAAAUACAAAUAAUUAUUUGCAGCUGAAUGCCUUUUGAGGUUUUACUUUUCUGUGCUAAUUUAAAAACUGUUCCCAGCUGCAUAUCAAAAGGUAAAUCUCUGCAUGUCAGCUCCUGUUUUAACAAAACUCUUUGAUUGUUUGGAUCUUUCUUCAGUCAGAAAAUUAUCUCCUUCACAGAUCAGGAUCUACUUCCCUCCCCCCCAAUUUUCAGUUUCAUAAAGCUCCAAAGGGUUUUAAGAGGUUAUAGAGCAGGCUGCAGGCUGCAGGCUGCUCAGUUUAGCACAUAGACUCUUGUUGCUGAGCUAGUAGGCUGUAGAUUGUGAAAGAGAUGGUCACAAAUCUAGGCAGUCUCAAGUCUUUGAGAGGCAAGUCCAAGUCAGGUUGCAAGUAGGUGACUUGGACUUUGAGCCUGCUAAUGUCUCCAGGUAUACCUCUGUUUUAAAAAAUUACCUGAAGCCAUUAAAUCAUAAUUUAUUUCACAGUUUCCAGGGUUCAAAGUAAUUUUAUUAAAAUAUCAAAGAAAGUUCCAGAGUGAGCGGAGAUUGAAGCAGGGUUGAAAGACUGACAGCUUCCAAAUCAAAACUAAAAAAACAAACAACAAAAAACAAGCCUAAUUCUCAAACUCAGGUUAAAAUGGACAUGGGCCAAAACAAUUCCAUAGUGACACUUUAUUAUCUGAUAUAAUUUCAAAAAUAAAUUAACUAAUAAAAUGAGAGUAAGAAUAUGGCAUGUCAUUAAAAUGUUGAAGUUUUUUUUUUUACUUUUCUGCCUCUCGGUGAUAACUAUUUGGAUUUAAUGUGGACUUUCUAAAAACCAGUCAAAUGCUGUGAAAAACAGCCCAAAUAUUAGUAACCUACCAAAACCUCUGCUUUUCCCAGCCCAACGUGUUCAAAAGAAGCCCAAUUGGGGAGAAACUCGCCCAAUCUGGCAACACUUGUCCCUACUUGCCCCUCCCUUACCUGUGCCGUUGCACUUUUGACGUCUUUGCCAACUACACUCCAGUCCGGUAGGUGGCAGUAAAUGUCCCUUCAGUUGGUUUACCAACCGCCAGUAAAACUUAAAAGAGGAAGAAUAAGAGUCUGGUGGUUUCUUGGAACGUGGCGUGCAAAGCGGAGGAGCGCCACCAAUUAUUGUAAUGAAGGUAAUCAAAGUUCUUCUGGAAGAAACUUUGCGUGCUAAAAGUUUAGAGCAGCGUGUUUUAACCAGCGAUCCUUAUGGAUCAGCUAAGCGAGCAAAAAUAGCUCUGCUAAUUAGCCAGCUAAUAUCAAAUUUCAGUGUUAAUCUAUAAAACAUAGAAUGCCAAAAAGCUAUAAUGUUCGCCACAAUAAGUAAAUUAAUGAAAUACUUAGACUACAUCAAAUAAGUUUUUAGUAGCUCAUGUCAAGAGUAGGAUUUUCAAACGUCAAUGAACAUCCAAUGAACUUGAGUGAAAUGGAUAAAUUACCUCCUCAGCAUGCAUUCAAGAUUAACAGAGUCCAGCUAAUGGAGUAGUUAUUUGAUUUGGGUGUGUUGUAGCAGAGAAAUGUCUAAAAUUUCCAGGAAACUGGCCCUCUGGGGCCGGUGUUUGAGACCAGUUGUUGGUUUGCGUUAUGUAGGUUGCAAACAAGUAUUUUAGAACCGGUAGACUUUGUUUCUCCUAAAACAUUUCCAAUCUUAAAAUGACCAUUACUUGGAUAGAGGCAAAAUUUAUUCAAAUUUGUUUUUCAAAGUCAGGUGAAAACAACUCUGUUGAAUUAACCAUAAUUUAAUCUAGGAGUUGUUCUCUAUUGCACAAGUGGAAAAAUAAACAUUCAACUCCCUGCUGAUUUGUAAGUUUGCUCACUCUCAAGAAAAAAACCUCUCUCAUUUGUGAGAUAGUCAGAAUGUAAGUUAAAUUUUACAUGGCUUCAAAGUUACCCUGUUUUUGAGUGAAAUAAGCAUUUAAUACCCUACAGCUCAGUCUGAAUUAUCUGCAUAUUGGUCAUGGGACAAUUACCAAAGCCCCGGAUCUCAACUAGUUGCACGCAUAAAGUGUGCGUGCCACAAAAUCAUAAUUUCUUCCAUUCACAUCUCUCCACCAUGACAGUCAAGAUCAAAGUUGUAUCAAAGCAUGCGAGAGAUAACGCAUGCAUUUUAUGUACAUGGAAUUUGGAAAAGCACGAAAACUUUGCGACCCUUGGUUUGACUCUGUAAAAGAUCUUGGAUUGAAGGGGAUCAAGACAAAAGUGAUGGAUCAGCCUACAAUUGCAAAGGAAGAGUGUGUUAACAAUCUCAGCACAAGUGGAACCACAGUUACCAAGAAUAUUCGAUGUGGUGCGGCAGAGUCUUCACAUCCAGGCCCAGCGGAAACAGCUGAUAGGCUGAGUUUCACCCCGACUGCUCUGGUGCCGUCUGAGCUGCUCGCGCCGUUCUACUGGAUGCGAAGUCUUUGUUGCUCCACCUUGUUCUCAUUAAGUUCCUGUUCCUUUAAGGGAUCUCUCCAGCGUUCACCGUAGUCACGCUGCGCAGGAUCCAUAUUCAGAGAAAGUCCAGCGGUGGAGUGGGGAAAUACCAGAGCAACUUUCCUCUCCUCUGGGUGCUGAGCAACUGGAAGGAACCCAACUGGACCUGAGAAGUAAGACCUUCAAACUACCAGCAUCUCGCCAUGAGCACAGACAAGCAUCCUGAAGUCGCAUCCCCAGAGGAGGACGAGAUGGAAGCUUGCAGCGAGGCUGCUGAGGUGAAGGCGCAUGAGGAGGAAGAGCAGAAGGAAGACGCCUCUGUCACUGUGAAUGGAAUGCACUCGGAUGCUGUCAUGGAUGCACGCGUGAUAAAAACCGAAGCCGAGGAGCCGGACGGUGCUGAGCACGCAGUGAUUGUGCCCAAAGAGGAAGCGGAGGGAGACAGCGAGGACGGGAUGGAGGAAGGCGUUGACGAGGACAGGACAGAGGAGGACAACGACGAGCAGAGGAAUGAGGAAGGCAUGAACGAGCCGCAGGACCUGUCACUGGUCGACUACUCGCGCUACGAAGCGGCGUCCCUGCCAGACGGCCAAACGACAGGUGCGUUGGAUGAGGCUGCAGACGGGGGCUACGCGCCCGGAUCCACGGCGCCCCGCGUUCCGACACAGGGGAAACUCAGCUGCGACAUCUGCGGUCUCUCCUGCAUCAGCAUUAAUGUGCUGCUAGUGCACAAGCGCAGCCACACUGGUGAGAGGCCAUUCCACUGCACUCAGUGUGGGGCCUCCUUCACCCAGAAGGGAAACCUGCUUCGCCACAUCAAACUGCACUCCGGAGAGAAGCCUUUCAAAUGCCCGAUGUGCAGCUACGCCUGCCGACGACGCGACGCUCUCAGCGGGCACCUGCGCACCCAUUCUGUAGAGAAGCCCUUCAAGUGCAACCACUGCAGUCGCAGCUACAAGCAGCGGAGCUCCCUCGACGAGCACAGAGAGAGGUGCCAUGUGUACAUUCAGAGCAAAGGUCCCGCCGAGAGAGCAGAGGACAGCCACACAGCCAGGUCUCAGAUGGGCUCAGAGCGCGCGCUGCUUCUCGACAGGCUCGCCAGCAACGUUGCCAAGCGGAAAAGUUCAAUGCCACAGAAGUUCACUGGCGACAACGGGGUCUGCCUGGACCUGAGCUUUAACAGGGAGCUGCUCCACCGAUCUGACAUAAAGGACCCUCCACCCGGCUCACCUGGGCCAGAGGGCCAGCUGCAGACAGUCCUUGCAGGCCCAGAUGGCGACCCACCUCCCACCCACAGACCGUACCCCAUCCCGUUAAACCGCACCGAUAUCAACCCAAUCAGCCUCACCAAUGGCCACAAGAUGCCCCUCCUGGGCCUUCCUCACGGAGCACAGCCGCCCCUCAGCAUGGACUCCUUCCACGACGCCGCCUCCCAGAUGACCCAGCCCGUCAUGUACAGCCUGGGUCACCUGCUGGGGGGAAUCAAUCACCAGAACGGCGUCCCGCACCCACAUAGCCAGCCCUUUCCGCUGACGCCCCUCGAGGCCCUGCGGGUCAUGCGGGCGGACGGAGAGUCCGGGGCGCCGCCCGGAGCCGUGUACCCCUGCGGCCACUGCAGGGUGCUCUUCCUGGACUAUGUCAUGUUCACCAUCCACAUGGGAUGCCACGGCUUCCGCGACCCGCUCGAAUGCAACGUCUGUGGCCACCGCAGCCGGGACCGUUACGAGUUCUCCUCCCACAUAGCCCGCGGCGAGCACCGCCUAGAACUCAAGUAGACUGCGUUCAUGCACACAAACGGUCACCGCCAUGGAGACAGACAGCGACUUAGUCAUACAAGUAGCUGGUAGUAUUAGAAAUGAAAGCAUAAAGUGGCGGCUCUGUCUGUCCUCGGCGUUUGUUAAAGUGUGUGUGAGUAUAAACGUCGUGGGAGUGUGGCGGCUGUUCUUAGUCAUCCAUCUGAAAAGAUGGCCUGUAAAGAGUUAUUGCAGGAGCAUUUCUACUCCUCAGCAUGCAUAUAUUUGUACGUAACGAGGUUGUCUUUUUGCAUAAAGCCGCGUGUUCCCACUCACACAAAGCAGCACAAAAUACUGUAUUUAUGCUGUACCUACUGUUUUAUUUUGUCUGUAUAAAGAUGUAAGAAAACUAAAAAAAUAAAAGAGCGGUUCUGUCAUCACACACAAGCUGCAGAGCGUUUAGAGAUGUUCAAGUUUGCCAAUACUGACUGCAGAAAAGAA